AUGUUUAUGGCAAGAUCUGAAUACGACCGGGGUAUCAACACCUUCUCCCCGGAGGGACGUCUCUUCCAGGUCGAAUACUCGCUCGAGGCUAUCAAGCUCGGCUCGACGGCGAUCGGCGUCGCAACGUCAGAGGGCGUCGUCUUGGGCGUGGAGAAGCGCGUGACGUCGACGCUGCUGGAGACCUCGUCCGUCGAGAAGAUCGUCGAGAUCGACCGCCACAUCGGGUGCGCCAUGUCCGGGCUGCAGGCCGACGCUCGCAGCAUGGUCGAGCACGCCCGCGUCGAGUGCCAGAGCCACAAUUUCAACUACAACGAGGACCUGCGCGUCGAGAGCUGCACCCAGGCCAUCUGCGACCUCGCCCUGCGCUUCGGCGAGAGCGCCGAUGGCGAGGAGAGCAUCAUGAGCCGUCCCUUCGGUGUCGCCCUUCUGAUCGCUGGCUACGACGAGGACGGCCCCCAGCUCUACCACGCCGAACCCAGCGGUACCUUCUAUCGCUACGACGCCAAGGCCAUCGGCUCCGGAAGCGAGGGCGCACAGGCAGAAUUGCAAAAUGAAUACCACAAGUCCCUUACGAUCGUAGAUGCAGAGACUCUAGUCUUGAAGACGUUGAAGCAAGUGAUGGAGGAGAAGCUCGACUCCAAGAAUGUGCAGUUGGCGAGCGUGACUAAGGAGCGAGGCUUCAGGAUAUACACGGACGAGGAGAUGGCUCAAGUCGUGGAGAGACUACCCGCCAACUAG